UAUGUAGGCAGUCGCUAGUUACCCAACGCCAUCGAUCGAAACUAAAAGGAGGCGAGCGCUCUUGAUCAAGAAACUCGACUUGAUAUACGCACUUUAUUCAGCUUCAGCAGUGAACGGGAAGAACUUUAUAUAGAGAGUUGAAACUGCGCAGAAUUAGUCGUCGAAAGAGUGCGUUACGUUUGGUUUGUUAGCCGCUCUACGCACGUAGGUUUAGCCCGCUAGCUAGCAGGCUAACAGCGCUAGCGAGAGAAAGAAAGGCCGUCGCGUUGACCCGGCCUCGAUUAUUUAUUAAAGGAAAUCACCCUGGCAUAUCACUGCUACCCCCUGUAGUGGUUGGAUCGGAAAACGUUAAAGACGAGAACAUCUUGAGAGGAUGGCUCUGAAAAGAAUUCACAAGGAACUGAAUGACCUGGCUCGUGACCCUCCAGCCCAGUGCUCAGCUGGGCCAGUGGGUGAUGACAUGUUUCACUGGCAAGCCACGAUCAUGGGACCUAGUGACAGUCCAUAUCAGGGGGGAGUUUUCUUCUUGACAAUUCAUUUUCCAACAGACUACCCUUUCAAACCACCCAAGGUUGCAUUUACAACAAGAAUUUACCACCCAAAUAUUAACAGUAACGGCAGUAUCUGUCUGGAUAUUCUCAGAUCGCAGUGGUCUCCUGCACUUACUAUUUCUAAAGUUCUUCUCUCAAUUUGCUCACUCUUAUGUGACCCAAAUCCUGACGACCCACUAGUGCCAGAGAUUGCACGAAUCUACAAAACAGAUAGUCAGAAGUACAAUAGACUAGCUCAGGAGUGGACAACAAAGUAUGCCAUGCUUUAGGCGGAUACAUCAAAAUGGCAAAAGAAUGGACACAAAAAUACGCAAUGUGAUGGCACAGGUUGGAAAGCAAGUGGAAAAUGUUGCUGGUUCAAACUUAAAAUUAUGGGAUUUUGUUUUCUUUCUUUUUUUAAAAAACAUUUUUGUUAAUGCAUCUUAUUUGCCCCCCUCUUUUUUUAUAUUCCUCCUGUGUGCUCAUAAGACGAUAAUGAGGUUUUUUUGUUGUUGUUCCUUCUAGGUUAUAUACCAGUUUCUGUAAAAUUGCAAUUCCCUUUUGAGUUUAAGGUUCAACACAGCGUGAGCGUGCUUCAAGUUCCUCAACCACAAAUUGAUCCAAAUAUUUUACACAUGUUUAGGACUCUGCAGCUGGUCUCCUGAGACUUUGUCUAAUCAAACCCAUGAUGAUCCAGUUUCUUACUUUUAACUGGGUCUCCAAGAGCACUUGAAGCAAAGCAUGCAUUUUAACUAUUUGGUUUCAAAUUGGCAUAGUCCUGCUGCAUUUGAUAUAAAACUGGAAUUUGUGAGUGAAAAGAGUGAAAGAAAAUUAACUGUUCUCUGCCUCAAGUGGUGUGGCAUGAGUCUGUUCUGAUCGAUGGUGUACGAGCUGAUAUUUAAUGAGAAACGUCUUAUUCCACUUUCCAAGUGUGUACAGAGAAGCUCAGUGGUAUAUAUCAUUAAGGAAACAAAAAUAUAAGAACUUCAAUGUUGUAUUUUAUGCAUGUUAAUAAAGGUAGGCUAUUCUAUGAUGUUUCUGCAAAUAAAAUGAAGGUUGAAUCAUUGGAGGAAAGAAAUUGGUUUCCCAUAAAAGUUUUUUACUUUAAUUUUUUUCUUUAGAAGCCAGUAGAUAAGCAGCUUUCUGCCCACUUGAACACGGUCUUCUUGUAGCCCUGAAAUAUUGAUACAAAGCUAAUGGUUGACGAUCAACUUGUGGCUUUCUUUUUAGUUUUCCCUCCAAUAAAGUUACUACAACCAUAA